AUGCCAGAAGAGAUAGGAGUUAAAAAAACUGAUCAAAAAAUUACAAAAAUAUCAAAACCUUCUCUUGAUGCGAUUAAUAAUCAACAGGUAGAUGGACAACAACAAUUAACAUUAUGUCAACAACCUCUAAUUAAUGAGACAAAUGAAGAAGAAGGUCCAAUUAAUCUUAUUUCUGGAUCAAUUGUUGCAAAAAAAUAUCAAAUAAUUGAAAAACUUGGUGAAGGUGGUUGUGGAUCUGUAUAUGUAGUUAAAGAUAAUAUAACAAAUAUAAAAUAUGCCAUGAAAUCUGAAUCAUUAAAAGUUGGUGAAUUUUCUGUUUUAAAACUUGAAGUUCAAGUUAUGAAAAGAUUAGGAAAUGGUUCUAAUGUUUGUCAAUUAAUUGCAAGUGGAAAAAAUGAUAAAUAUUCAUAUAUGAUUAUGUCACUUCUUGGUAAUUCACUUUUUGAUCUUUUAUCACAAUAUCGUGAAUUUACUGUAUCAACAUCAGCCAGAGCAGCUAUUCAAGCAUUAACAGGUUUAAAACAGUUACAUGAUGUUGGUUUUAUACAUCGUGAUAUUAAAACAGAAAAUCUUGCUAUUGGUAAAGAUAAUGAAAAAAGAAUUGUAUUUUUAUUAGAUUUUGGUUUAGUUAGAGAAUAUUUUUUUGUUGAUAGUAAAGGAAAACUUGAAAUACGUAAAGCAAGAGAAAAAUGUCAUUUUAGAGGAACAUUAAAAUAUGCAAGUAUCUCUGCACAAGAAGGUAAUGAACAAGGAAGAAAAGAUGAUUUAUGGGGUCUUUUAUAUUGUGUUGGAGAAUUUUUUAGACGUUUACCAUGGGAUAUUGAUGAAAGUGAUAAAAGUAUUGUUAAAAAAAUUAAAAAAGAAACACCUUUACCAUUAUUAUUUAAAGAAAUGCCUGAAAUGGUUAAUCUUGGAGGAUAUCUUGAUACCUUGACAUAUUAUAGUAGACCAGAUUAUAAAAAAAUUUAUUCAUAUUUUAAAAUAGAAAUGGAUAAAGUUAAUGCUUCAUUUGAUGAUCCAUAUGAUUGGGAAUUAGAUUGCCGUUAUGUACAAGAACAACUAGCUGCAGCAAUAGCAAAAAGAAAUAAAACAAAAGAUAAUGAUGAACUGGGAAAUUUAAAUAAUAAUAAAACAAAUAAAAACUCAAUAGAUAAAAAGUUAGGAAAUAAAAAAGGUGGAACAAGUAAAAAUUGUGGUACUAGAAGACGUUUCUAUAAACCAAAAGAUGUCAUAAUGCAAAUUUCAAAUAAAUUAAAGAAAUCUAGAAGAAAACGAAAUUUAUUUAGUGAUGAUAAACAAAUUAUUAAUGAUGAAAAUAUUAUUGCUACAGCUAAAUCAACAAUAGAAAAUUUAGAUGAAGAAUUUAAUAAUGAAAAUGAGAAACAAAAAAAGAAUAAAGAUCCAACUAAUUAUUAUGAAAUUGAACUUGGAAAAAAUGAUAUUGGAUUAUAA